ACAAAGACGAUGGAGAUAAAACAACAAGCCGUCGAGGUCGAAGAUGAUGAUCAAAGAACAGAAGAACAACAACAAGAGCAGGCGGUCAAGGAGCUUGGGCACAUGAAGCCUGAUUCUGACGGCGCUAACCUUAACCUCCUUCAUAUUCACAAAAAUGAAGAAGAAGCUGUUCGGUUUGUUGAGAGGAGUAACGAUAUUUUUCGUAUUCCAGAACACGUCGAGAAAAAAGCACGUGGUCUCGCCGCUUCAGUUGUUGAUCAUGAUGAACAACGUUUAACAAGUGCAUUCCUGCUUUCACAAUUAUAUCAACAAGGGGGAGGUGAACGACGUGAAACUAGACAAAACAACAAGAGAGAUUAUCUCCGCC